GAAUAAAAAGGACAAUGGCAUCUUUGAAGACAUUCUGUGGUAUUUUAGCUAUGACUUUAGAUCAGACUUAGUUUAAAACAGGCUUAAUAACUGAUUCAGAGAAAGAACCAGUAUCUGUCUAAAUAAGAAGUCAUUAUAGUUUCCUGGGUGGUCUUCACAUUAAGCUGCAGGGCGGCCUUUGUGGCUGAAAUGCCACUGUGUGCCCUGCAAGUCACUUGGGGAUCCUGAAGGCCUAGAGGUGCCCAUUGAGUGCAGCCAGCAUAACACCAAACAUUCUGAGAAAAACAUGAACCUUUGCUGGACUGAAAUCAAGCGCAAGUCUCACAAUAUCAGGGUGCGUCUAGAAGCCUUUUCAGACAACAGUGGGAAACUGCAGGUGUCACUACAGGAAAUCAUUGAAUGGCUGACAGCUAAGGAUGAGGAGCUAUCUGAGCAGCUGCCAAUUGGGGGUGAUGUGGGAUCUGUGCAGCACCAGCAUGAAUACCACCAGGCCUUUAUCGAGGAUGUGAAGUCCAGAGGGCCCUAUAUCUACUCAGUGCUGGAGUCAGCCCAGGCCUUUCUAGCCCAACAUCCAUUCCAGGACCCCGAUGAGAUGCUGUCAGAUGGCAAAGAGUUGUCUCCAAGGCGCCGGAUGCAGAAUGUUAGCCGCUCCAUUUGGAAGCAGGCCAACGUGGCCAGUGACCUGUGGGAGAAGCUGACAGCACGGUGUGUAGAUCGCCACCGACACAUGGAGCGGACGCUUGAGCGGUUGCUGCAGGUACAGGCAGCCAUGGAGGAGUUGGCCCAUGCUCUGGAGCAGGCUGAUGGUGUAAGGGAUGCCUGGGAGCCUGUGGGAGAUCUUUUUAUCGAUUCACUGCAGGACCACAUUGAUGCAACAAAGUUGUUUAAGGAAGAGCUGACACAAGUCAAGGAAGGCAUGAAGCACAUUAAUGACUUGGCCCACCAGCUAGCCAUUUCUGAUGUGCACUUGUCAAUGGAAAAUGCUCGUGCCCUUGAGCAGCUAAACAGCAGGUGGAAGCUGCUACAGGGUGCCAUAGAAGAACGCAUGAAGCAGUUGCAGGAUGCCCACAGGGACUUUGGCCCAGGAUCACAGCAUUUCCUUUCUAGCUCAGUACAGAUACCUUGGGAGCGUGCUAUAUCCCCAAACAAAGUGCCAUACUACAUCAACCACCAGGCACAGACGACCUGCUGGGACCAUCCAAAGAUGACAGAGUUGUUUCAAGCACUAGCGGACCUGAACAACAUCAAGUUCUCAGCAUACCGGACGGCCAUGAAGCUACGGCGAGUGCAGAAAGCUCUAAGAUUGGACUUGCUGAAACUGACCAGCGUAGCAGAGGUAUUCAGAGAGCAGGACCUGCAACAUAAUGAAUACACAAUGGAUGUGGUCGAGGUGAUACACACCCUCACUGCUCUGUAUGAGAGGCUGGAAGAGGAGCAGUCAGUACUCAUCAAUAUCCCACUUUGUGUGGACAUGUGCCUCAACUGGUUGUUGAAUGUAUAUGACAGUGGUCGGAAUGGAAAGAUGCGGGUAGUCUCUGUCAAGAUGGGAAUAGUUAGCCUAUGCAAUGCAGAUAUCAAGGAGAAAUACAGAUACCUUUUUAGACAGGUGUCUGAUUCAAAUGGCCUAAUGAAUCAGAAGCAUCUUAGCUUGCUGCUGCAUGAAGCCAUCCAGAUCCCUCGGCAGCUUGGUGAGGUGGCAGCCUUUGGGGGCAGUAAUGUGGAGUCCAGUGUCCGUAGCUGCUUCCGUAUGGUUCCAGGUAAGCUAUCUAUAGAAGUAAGUCACUUCCUGGAGUGGGUGAGUCUGGAGCCUCAAUCCAUGGUGUGGCUUCCCGUGCUGCACCGCGUGACCAUGGCUGAAUCUGCAAAGCAUCAAGCUAGGUGCUACAUCUGUAAACAGUGCCCCAUUAAGGGUUUCAGAUACCGAAGUCUGAAGCAGUUCAAUGUGGAUAUCUGCCAGACAUGUUUCCUGACUGGGCGAACAAUGAAAAGCAAAAAGCUCCACUAUCCCAUUAUGGAAUACUAUACCUUGACCACCUCAGGAGAGAAGAUGCGGGAUUUUGCAAAGACUCUAAAGAACAAGUUCCGAUCAAAGCAGUACUUCAGCAAGCAUCCUCAGAGAGGCUAUUUACCCGUGCAAACAGUCCUAGAAGCAGAGAAUAUUGAGACGCCGUGUUCCUCUCCCAAGCUACCACAUGCAGACACACACAGCCGGAUUGAGCACUUUGCCAGCAGGUUGGCAGAAAUGGAAAGCCAGAGCUGCUCUUUCUUUACCGACAGUCUGUCUCCUGAUGAAAGUUUGGAUGAAGAUCAGUACCUCCUACGUCAUUCCAGCCCUGCCCUUGAACAUGACUGUGCAUCUGGUCAGCACUUCCUUACCAAACUUGACUGCCACAACAAAGAGGAACUGCAGCAAACACUGGCCCAUUUGGAAAAUGAGAAUAGGAUGCUACAGGGUGAGUACCGGCGACUGAAGUGGAAGCAUGAGGAGGCUGCAGCAGCCACACCACAGCUUGUGGAGGGCAUCUCAGGCUUGGGCUUGUCACUUGGACAGCAGGAUGAGGAGCUCCUGGCAGAGGCUCGAAUACUGAGGCAACAUAAGAGUCGUCUUGAGACACGCAUGCAGAUAUUGGAAGACCACAACAAGCAAUUGGAGUCACAGCUCCAUAGGCUCAGGGAGCUACUGCUACAGCCAAAAGAUGACUCAGAGGCCAAUGGGUCAGCUCUCUCCUCUCUGUCGUCACCAGCAUCAGUGUUGCACCAGGGGGAUCCACUAAGCAAAGAGACUAUAGACACUGAGGCUACAGGUGAAGAACUGGAGAUAGAGCAGGACACAGUGUUACAGCUACAACAGGUGAUUGAGCAGCUGAGGAAUGUCUUCCCAUCUAAACCAGGCCAGUGAGGUGGCUCACAGAUUGUAUAUUCCUCACCUAACCUGGACUGGGUCCAGAACAACCAAGGCAGAAAACACGAGAUUUGUACAGCAGAUUUUGAGGACACAUUUUCUGAUCUCCAGCUGAAGCUCCACAAAGAAAGCUGCAACAUGUCUAAGUGAUUCUCUAAAUUCUUGUGGUUCAAGGCCAACACCUGAUCACUGUGUUAACAAGCUACUUAUAGUAGCAGCAGGUGUCAAUGGCAUUUCUAGUACAGCACAAUGACCUCACCAUCAACGACAUACAAAGAAGAGUGUAACUUAUAUUCCAAUGCCAGGUACUUUGCUUUCUUUGUUUCCUUUAUUUAAACUGGUCACUAUUUUCUGUUAAUUUCUUGUUCACAUAACACUAAAAUUGAAACACACACAUGUAUGCAAGCUGUCCAGGUCAUGGAUAACAUCUGCUGUCUAGAACAAGUGGGAGCUAUGGCUUUUUCCCAUAUAGGUUUAAAAUUUUAAUAUAAAAUACCACCUGUGUUCUGACAUCUCCCCUUCGCCCAUUUAUGCUAGGUUUCACUAAAGGGUGUCACAAGUCUUGGAGAGUAUGCAUAUUGUGCAGCAAGAUACUGUAUUAUACUUGUUAGCAUUAAGCCUAGGAAAAUGAAAAGAUAUUGGUAAACAAAACACAGAGAAGAAAAAGAAAAGACAGCUAGAAUUGACUCACAGACAAAAGCAAAUAGCAGGUAGCAUUUUACACAGGGCUUCAGAAGCAUCAUUUGAGUUCCUGUGAUAUCAAAAUCCUAAAAAGCCGCAUGCCACCAGAUUGCAAAGUUUGUUGGUGGCCCCCAGUUGGAAAAUAAAGACAGUCCCAUUUCAGUCUCUUUAGCUAUUCAACUGUACGAGACCACAACUGUGGAAGACACAUCUGUGCUCUUUGUUUACAUACAGUACAUUAAUGACAAUUAUUUGAAACAGGACUUUCUUGUGUCAACCACUCUGAAAGCAACAAAUAGUGGCAUAUAUAUUUUUACAGUGAUUGGCACAUACUUUGAAUCCAACAAUCUACCAUAUGAGAAACUUGUGGCUUGCUGCACUGAUAGGGUGUAUCAGUAAUAAUUGAUAAUAAAAAAAAAGGUAUUUAACAGCUAAAUUAAACUUUUAUUAUAAGAUUGCAAUAAACCAAAAAUAACAUUAUAAAGGCAGUUAAUGUUUAAUAACCUAUUUGUGUUAAUCAUAUUUACAUAUUUCAAGCUUAAACUAAUAUUGUUUGGUUGGCAGAUAAUUUUUAAAAAACUUUAAAAUAAAACUUAUAUAAAAUAGUAAAAUUCCUUUGGUAAAACCAGUCAGAUUGGUAAAUUAUUGUAGUGUCUGCGCAAUAUUUAACAAGUAACAGGUUGUUGUUGUUUUUUUUUCAAAAAAUAAAUGAAGAAAUUCACUCACAAAC